AUGACAAAAUUCAGACCGUGCAUUGACCUGCACUCGGGGCAGGUCAAGCAGAUUGUGGGAGGCACCCUCAGCAAUGUCGCCGAAGAUCUGAAGACCAACUACGUCUCCAAACUCCCCGCAAGCCACUACUCGGGGCUCUACCAGAAGCACAACUUGCGCGGCGGUCAUGUGGUGAAGCUGGGACCAGGAAAUGACGAGGCAGCCCAGGAGGCUGUGCGGACAUGGCCCAAUGGGUUGCAAGUUGCUGGAGGCAUCACCGAUAAGAAUGCACAGUACUGGAUUGACCAGGGCGCCGAGAAGGUGAUCAUCACUUCAUUCCUCUUCCCUUCAGGCAAAUUCUCCCUCGAGCGGCUCCAAUCGGUUCUGGCGGCACUGGGCGGUGACAAGUCCAAGCUGGUAUUGGACCUGAGCUGCCGUCGAAAGGACAACACCUGGUUCGUCGCGAUGGACCGCUGGCAAACCAUUACGGAGAUGGAGAUCAAUCAAGAAUCCAUCUCACUUCUGGAACCCUACUGCUCUGAAUUCUUGAUCCAUGCUGCGGACGUGGAGGGUCUUCAGCAGGGCGUCGAUGAGGAAUUGGUCUCGAAACUCGCUGACUGGUGUACUAUUCCCAUUACAUACGCCGGUGGUGCGCGCAGUCUCCAGGACCUCGAAAAGGUCCAUGUGAGCAGCAAGGGCAAGGUAGACCUGACCAUUGGCAGUGCCUUGGAUAUCUUCGGUGGCUCCGGAGUGACGUUUGACGAAUGUAUUGAGUGGAACAAGACGCAUUGA